AUGCAAUUGCACAAGCUCUCGACCUAUGUGAUCGCUGCUGUAGCUCUUUCGAGCAUUCCAGUGUUCGGAUGGCAGCCGAUUGCUCACCGUGGUGUCUUUCACGAUGUAGACGACCGUCAGGCCAACUCGGAAAACACGGUGGGAGCGCUGUACCGUGCCGACGACCUCAAGAUGCCCGGUGUCGAGCUGGAUCUUCGUCUGAGCUCAGACGGCGUGGUGAUGGUGACGCACGAUGUGCUGUCCAACCGCGCCACCACCGUGGACAACUACGAUGGACGGCUCAACUCGGUGCGUGUUGCGCUAGGUGCUCAGCCGUCCGUGGCGGGCAUCAGGAUCGACUCGCGUACGGGCAAUCAGUGGAACCACACACCGCUUAAGAUCUACGGUCGCAAUUCGCAGCUCGUCUCGGACGGCACGCAAAAGAUGGAGACGCUCGACGAGAUGCUAGGCCAUUUCUCGGACUUGAUCGCCGGCAAUGGCGGCAGGCCGUUCUUCCUGGUGCUCGACAUCCAGAAUCCCGAGAUCUUCGAGAAGGCUGCUGAUCUGGUGCGCUCGCACCGUCUGCAGAACUCGGUGUACCUCAAGUUCUUUGCCACCUCGGCCAUCGAUUCGAGUUCCUACCGCUACCAGGGCGCCAAGACGUGCGCGGCCUAUGCCAACUACAACGGUCUCACGGGCCUCAAGAUCAUCCCGCAGAUCAACAACGGCGAACUGGUCAACAACGGAGGUCAGCCCAAGAUCAACGUCUUCCAGACGCAACUGUCCAUCGAAGACUACCUGGCCUGCUGGCGCGACGCUGAAGAGUACAGCGUCUCGGCGGAUCUGACGCAUGUUAGUGCCAGUGUCGCCGCGGGAGAUCACGUCGCUGCUAUUGGAGCAGAGAACGCUCUCAAGUGGGCUAAGCAGAACUCCCGUGGAACCAUGUCGAUCUUGCCCAACCCGGAUGCCGGCUCGCUCUCGCGCGGCUCAUGCACCUACUGGUCGUUCCAGAGUAACAACGUGGCGGCUCAAACCUUCGACCAAAACGCACGCCGCGUCAAACAGGCGUUCAUCAACGAUCUCAGCCGUUACAUUGACUACGUGGUUGUCGACACCAUGGGUGAUGUGGGCGCAAACACGUACUACACCGACUUUGACAAGUACGUCUCGUACCUUUGCUGA